CCUCUUCUCUCAUCAGAGACAAAGGCUGCCUUGUCUGCCCUCCUCGGUGUCUCCGACUGACUAAUUUUCUUUUCAUCCGACUUCCCUCCAGAGAAUGUGGAGUCCAACUCACCCAUGCAUGGACACUCACCGCACAGACUCCGAUCACCGAGCAACGGAAGCUUCUCCGCAGCAAGAUACCGCAAAUGCUUGCCACCCCUUGCCUUGUUAAACCCGUCUGAUUAACGUUCGAUAAGAUUUCGCGGGGAUAUCUGCUUUCUCGUGUCCCAUCUCUGGGUACGAAGAAGCCUGGAUGGCUUCCCAACAGUCCCAAGGGACUUCGAGCCCCUCCGCCUCUUCUGUCUUCCUUCCUCUCGGUCGCCGCGGUUCUCGAGCUUCUGUAUCGACGCAGGCGGAACGUGAAAGUCUGCACGCAGCCCUCGAUCAAAUACAUACCGCUGCCUACCAGUCGGACGCCUUGACAGUUUUCAACGAGUUUACGAGCCCUCCUGCCCCAUCAUCUGCAACAGACGAGAAAACCAUAUCCGGCGAGCUGCAAGGUGGGCUGAGCGGGCUAUAUAGUCGCUUUAGGACAUCGGUGGGUGGUAUUGUGAGCGGGGUUGGGAAAUCCUCAGACAAGAAUACUGCGGAUGAUACUGGUUUAAAAAGUCCCCCGUCAGAGCGCUCUUCCAUAAAGCCUACCCAUGAGUCUUCGGAAUCCCAUCAGCAACAUGCGGGCUCGUCACAAGGAUCAAGGCUUCACUCCCCGGCUCCUGGGAGCCAGCACUCCUUCCAGGAUAGUGUUUCUGGAGCCGGGAAGAGCGCAAAACAUCCUCCCAAAUCAACAAAUUCAUCUUCGAAGCCGUUAAUAUCACCUGCGCUGAAAUCUCCGGUGCCACCGUUACCCAAAGCUACGGGUAGCUCAACAGCCAUUGACCCGAUGGUAACCGAGCUUCAUGUGAAUGCUACUCAUGCCUCAAGUACGAACUCGGUCAAUCUUUCCACUAACAGCCUGCAAACUGUGGAGUCCGCUGGCACGGACAGGGAAGAUGGCCCUCAUACUGCAUCCAUGUCCUCAUCGGGUUGGAGCCAGCGGCUUUCGAAUUCCCCAGUAUUACAGGUCAAAUCCAGUUCCGCGAACGAAGCUCCAGCAAGCCAUGAUAUCAGCAGAACGUCUACCAUGGGAAGUCAGGUGCCUGAAAAUUUUCGAAGGUCGGAUUCACAGGGAACUCAUGAGAUAGAGGCUGCUUUGCCUGGCCCGCUGCGAAAGGCUAAACGUUCGAUCGAUGGAACCCAAGAUGGUAUCCCUUUCCCGCCUGAAAGGCUACGAUCGAAUUCAGGCGCGUCAUUCAGCUUGGACAGAAUCAACACGGCCUCUGGAUCAAGGACGAAUAGCGUCACUCAGUACAACAGCAAUGAGGUAGCUCCAUUCAUUGAAAAGCAAGUUCCCUCGGGAGUUGCUACGCCAUUGCCAAUGCCCGAUGAUGAGGCUCAACGGAAAGAAUUACCAAAGCCGCUAGUCAAGCAUAAGACCGGAGAAAGGCAGUCCAUAUCGAGUGCCAGCCGGUUGCCAGGAUAUGUGGCAUCCCAAGCCUCCACAGCAGAGUCCGUAACUGGCCCACCACCUCUGGCUCCAUUAAACACGUCUGUGGACCGCGUUUCUGGCACAGAUGGAAGAAGCUGGCGGCCGCAUGCGAGUGGCGAUGGCGUCAUGUCCCAGCUCCGAAGCAAGCUACUAAGCAAAGAGUUUUGGAUGCGAGACGAAAAUGCCAAAGAUUGCUUCCAUUGUGGCGAACCUUUCUCUACAUUUCGACGAAAGCACCACUGUCGGACCUGCGGGCAAAUUUUCGACUCUAAAUGCACAUUAUUAAUCCCGGGUGACCGGUUCAGCCAAACCGGAACAAUACGUGUGUGCAAGCCUUGCGAGGCAAUGAUAAAUGGCCAUGAAGACGAUUCUUCCGAGUUCUCUGACAGCGAACAAAGCCCCAUACCGCUCCAUCCCCGGAUGUCCGAAUUCGGGGCGGGAAUUUAUCCGCGUAUUCCUUCUGAGGAGGAUGAUACCUCAUCGGUCGUGUCUCAGUCCAUCGAACAUGUGAUGAAGACUCCUACUAUGGCCAUUCCCGCGACACGGCGUGCGGGAGAAGGCCACAACCGCCGCUCAGCUGUGCUUGAGAUUAGCCCAGAUAGACCACUAGCCCGGCCGACGUCCUCAAGAUCCUUGAAGUCUUCAUUGAGUGGGAGACCUCAUUCAAUGGGCCACAAGCGUCACCAUUCCCGUCAGCAGUACAUCCGAAGCUUCAAACCUCACCACGAUGACCGUGCGCCGUUCCAGCGGCGCCAAAUAGAUGAUGCCGUACAUGAGUCCCGGUUGCCUGCAUUUCAUAAAGAUAACAUCAUCGAUCCUGACCUGGCACAGUACCUCUCUGAUGAUGCCUCCAGUGGCGAGGAACAGCCCAAUCUAAUGUCUGCUGUAUCAGAAGGCUCGUUGUCUAAGAGUGGUGGAGAAAGUGAGCGUACUACAUUUAGCGGACUGCUUGCAGCCAUGAAGAAAGGCCGACACGCGUUUGGAGAUCGGAGUGUUGCUGGUUUAAACUCUUUUGGCCGCGAACCAGAUGAUGGUAGUGUUAGCAGCUCGAGAGCAGUAAAUUUGCCUCGCGCUUCCCGUCGGCGCAAUCUUAGUGUUGCAAGUAGUAUUCAUCAGCGCCACUCUCCGAGAGCAUCGAAAGAUAGCAUGUUUAACUCCCUUGAACAACCGCCUGCUGUUCAUGUUCUGCCCCCGGGAGUUCCACCAAGCGGCUUCAAAAUGACCAGAAGCUCAUCUAUGAGAGGAGCGGGUGCGCCUCCGGUCGAGUUAAACAAGGCUAGUCUGCAGCAUGUUCGCAAACUGCUACGACAGCUCCUCAAAGACUCGUCCGUGCCAAACGUCUCCAAGUGGGAAACGGCUCUCCUGCCGAUACUUCUUAAGGCAGCGGACGAGGUCGUACCGGACGUGCAGGGGGGUGACGAUAUGGAUAUUCGUCACUAUAUAAAGCUAAAAAAGAUCCUGGGUGGCCGACCAGGAGAUACUUCCUAUGUUUCUGGAUUGGUAUUCACGAAAAAUCUUGCCCUCAAGAGUAUGUCGAGGAGCAUACCGCAACCAAAGAUCUUGAUAAUAGCUUUCCCCCUCGAAUAUGCACGGCAUCAGCAACAUUUUAUGAGCCUGGAACCUGUGAUCCGGCAGGAACGUGAAUUCCUUGCGAAUCUGGUGAGCAGAAUAGCUGCUUUGCGACCUAAUUUACUUCUCGUUGAGAAGAACGUCUCCGGCUUGGCCUUGGAGCUGUUGGAAAAGGCCAAUAUCGCAACCGCAUACAAUGUCAAGUCGUCAGUACUUGAAGCUGUGUCUCGAUGCACUCAAACAAGGAUCAUCACCUCUAUGGACAAAUUGGUGACCACCCCGGUGCAUAGUGACUGCGGCAGUUUCGAUGUCAAGACAUAUGUGUACAAUGGCCGGAAAAAGACGUACAUGUAUCUUUCUGGUUGCCGCAAAGAAUUGGGUUGCACGAUUGUUUUGCGCGGCGGUGAUAGCGAGGUGCUUGCAAAGGUUAAAAGAAUCACUGAAUUCAUGACCUACGUUGUUUACAACCUCAAACUGGAGACCUGCUUGAUGAGAGAUGAAUUUGCGCAGAUGCCGGCAUUGACUGAUGCUGAGAAGGAAAAGAGGAUAGAUGCAGGGCACGAUUCUAACGAGGGGUUGAGCAGUUCCUCGCCCAAAGACACAAUAACCGACCCGGAGACUGCAAGCGAAGUGCCCGACGACGUUCCGAGGCCAACUUACUACGAAGAUAUUGUUCGGGAUCAUGAAACGAAGGUUCUAUCCGCGUCUCCAUUUGUCCAGUUUGAGCCACCCUACCUGCUCAUGCGUGCCCGAGAGAUGGAGCGCAAAUUGGCUUAUCUUAAGCGCCUCCGCGACAAAGACCUUAACCUUGACCAGUCAGCAGAUGAGAAAGCCAAAUCUCAGAAAUUCAUACUGAUAACCCCUGAAAUGGUUCAUGAGUCACCCGAGGGUGCUCCGCCUAAGGUUAAAGAAGUCCUACGCGCAGCCCAUGAUGCUGAGUAUGAUAGAGCUCUUCAUCAUUAUCAAACCCAGAAACGUCAGUGGGAGGCUUAUGUCGCCGGAAGCGUCGGCCUUUUCGAUCCGUACGCCCACCAAAACAUCGUCGUCCUCUUCAGCCUUGUCUGCACUACAACGUCAAUCCCCUGCUCUGGUCCAGAUCUCCUUGCGCUCGAGUACUACAACGAGCAUGGCGGCGACCCGAUAUUCGAGCCAGACUGUACUUUAGGACAGUAUGUCGAGGAUAUCUGUCUACAUGCAAACGCAGUAUGUACGGCAAAUGGCUGCGAGAAGCGAAUGUUUGAGCACCACCGUCAGUAUGUACAUGGUGAAGCCCAGAUAAGCGUUUUCACCCAGCCCUACCCCUCGAAACUGCGAGGUCUCCAAGACACAAUCUUGAUGUGGAGUUGUUGCAAGAUCUGUGGUAAUGAGACUCAGGUCUUUCCGAUGUCGGAAAGUACUUGGAAAUACUCAUUUGGGAAGUAUUUAGAACUCUCCUUCUGGAGCAAGAACCUCCAUGCUCGAGCGGGCGUUUGCCCUCAUGACUUACAGCGUGACCACCUUCGCUUUUUUGGCUUCAAAGACGUUGCUAUACGAAUCCACUACGACAGCAUCAACUUGCUUGAGAUAAUUGUUCCUAGAACUCGGGUUACAUGGAAAGUGGACAAUGACUUGAAACUCAGGAACGAGGUGUAUCAGCGAAUGGAGCAUCGCAUCACCCGGUUCAUGGUUUCAGUCAAGGCGCGGCUGAAGGGGAUCAGUGUUGAGAGUGUUAUUCCUAAGCAAGCCGAAGAUUGCAAAACACAGAUAGAGCAUCUGAGUAAGAAGGCCAACGAGGACCACAUCCUCUUGAUCAAACAGCUACAGGAAAAAUACACCAACUCGCGAUACUGGGAAGUAAUCCCUCUCAAUGAAGUGCUCCGCUCCGUUCAGGAAAAAGUCGUCGAAUGGGAUGCUGCCUUCGCUGAAUUUGAGAAGAAUUUCUUCCCCUCGGAAAAAGAUAUCAAACGAUUGGCUACUCUGCAGCUGAAGAAAAUCUUCCUGGACAAGGAUGUGUCGGUGAUCCCCGAAGAGCCUCCUACCACACCAAAUGAGGCCGACAAUGAAAUCAUCGAAAUGCCGGAACGGAUGCGACUAACGCGCCGUAUGACCCUCUCCCCGGAGAAGGCCCAGGAUGUCCUAGUAUCUGUUGUCGAAGAGCAUUCGGGGGAGAAAGAUGUUGCAGGAAGCCAGGAGAGUGAUGCCAUCAAGUCCGAUGAUGUCGGCUCUGCAACUCUCUCUUCCAGUUCAGGGAGCUCGCAGUUUUCACCCCCGCAGGCUGAGAUUGCGGCCGAAAAAGAGGUGCAGCAUCUGGAUCUCGCAACACCUUUGAAUCACUCUGAGCAUCCGGUCCUAGCCCCGCCCACCACGAAGACAAUAGACAGUCAGGAGCCCCGGGAGCCCUCGAAGCCACUGGAGCCACUGGAGCCAUCAGAGCCAAAGGCUACCCCUACUGAUUCUGAUGUGAACCCGACGGAACCCCCUCCUGAGGAGCCAAGUGUUCGUCAGAGAAAGAAAAGCGAUGAAAUUGAAAGAACUGCAACUCCAAGUCGUUUCCCAUCUGCUAUUCCCCGACUUGCCGAAGCUACUUUGCGACGCAGUGGAAAGUCUACAUCUCCACCAUUAUUUCGGGCUCAAACGCAACCUGCUCCUUUCCACCGGGACCUCGGAAAUGAUACAACCCCAAUCAAGGGCAUGAAAAUCGCCUUUGGCAGAUUGACACCGUCUGAUGGAGCUCCAAGUCCUCCGCUGGACUCCAGGUCAAGGUCUUCGGACAACAAGAAGCUCUCGGAACGUUUUAAUCUGGCCCUCCGAAGUGGAAGAAUGACACCAGGCUCAUCUCUCAUACCGCGUUCUAUCCCGACCCGAAAGAAUACCCGAGUCUCGAACCUGGCUAAACACUUCGAACAGUUGAGCCGUGAGUUUGAAAAGGAACGGCAACGAGAAAGAGCGCGACGAGCUGCCAAAGGUACCCAUUCUCGCGCAAUCCCAAUAGCUUCCUCGAAACCAAUCGUCGAGGUAUACAAGAAUGUCAGGGAAGCAGUUGAAGAACGGGAGCCUUCUGGCGAAGGGGAAGAUUUCAUACCCCCAGCAUCACGCGUCCCGCCGGACCAGUCAGGCAGAAACAGCGAAGAUAUGCCAAGGCGGGAUUCUGAGGAAGAGAGCAGGCAGGAGGAUAUUUCACAGGAACCUUCCGCAGCUAAGGAAGAAAAGGAGGGCGCUAGCCCGGAGGACGAACAUGUCUUAUCUGAGGUCGAAGGUGAGGAACACAGUGAUGAAGACCGAGAGGACCUGCAAAGACUAGACUCGAAUGAUGAGUUGAAGAUGUCGCCUGAAGACGAGUCGAUGGACCUGAAAGAGUUCCCCAAGCAUGAGAGGAGUACGCUUUUGAAGCUGCUGACCAACUUCUGGUCAGAGCGUUCUGCCAGCGGUUGGGCACCUCUAGAUUAUCCGCUUACCAUGUCUGAUCACGUUUUUGCGGAUUGCGACAUAAUCGUGCGGGAGGACGAACCAAGCUCCCUGAUCGCGUUCGCGCUGGACUCCAGCGACUACAAGGAGAAAUUAGAAGCCAUCCAAAGGCGCUACGAAGAGCCUGACGAGAAGGACACGUAUGAAGAGGAUGGCAACGAUGCUUUGGACGAGACUCGGGUCGAACAUGCACUCUUGAGGUCGACAGGUACACAUCUGAAGUAUCAAUUCCAGGAAGGUCAAGCGAAAAUGCUGUGCAAAGUAUUUUAUGCGGAGCAGUUUGAUGCCUUACGGAAGAAAUGUGGAGUCGCAGAGCGGAUUGUAGAAUCGCUCUCUCGAUGUGCCAAAUGGGACUCCAAGGGAGGAAAGACCAAAUCCCUAUUCUUGAAGACUCUCGACGAUCGCUUCAUUCUCAAAUCGCUGUCGCCCAUUGAAACACAGGCAUUCCUGAAAUUCGCCCCAGCGUAUUUCCAGAUUAUGUCCGAGGCACUGUUCCAUGAGCUGCCGUCUGCAAUUGCGAAAAUGUUUGGUUUCUACCAAGUGAUCAUCAAGAACCCCGCUACCGGGACAGAGUUUAACUGGUUCCUCCUGUUGAUGGAGAACUUGUUCUACGAUCGUGUUCCUACUCGGAUUUUCGAUUUGAAGGGCUCCAUGCGGAAUCGCAAAGUCCAGAGUACGGGAGAACGCAACGAGGUUCUGCUAGAUGAGAACAUGGUUGACUUCAUCUACGAAACACCGUUAUUUGCGCGGGAGCACUCCAAAAAGCUUCUGAGCCAGAGCGUCUGGAAUGAUACUCUGUUCCUGGGACGCCAAAACGUGAUGGAUUACUCGCUUAUGAUCGCUAUCGACGAGAGUCGUUCAGAGCUAGUGGUUGGAGUGAUCGAUUGCAUCCGCACAUACACCUGGGAUAAGAAACUAGAAUCUUGGAUUAAAGAUCGUGGAUUCGCUGGUGGUGGAAAGAACAGACCUACCGUCACCAGUCCAAAGGAGUACAAGAGUCGAUUUAGGGAGGCGAUGGCGCGAUACGUGCUCCAAGCCCCUAGCUGUUGGCACCAGUUCCAGAAUUCCCAGCUCUACAGAUACGCCCCCGUCGAACACUACCCGAGUCAAAGUUAUGCCGCCGCGGACGCUGAUGCCCUCGAGGAGAUAGCAAGCUGAGCGAAUCAGUUCCUCCGCGGACUGUUCUGUACUGAUUAAGACCCUCAUGACGGAUAUGACUUGACGAACACGACAUGAUGUACCAAAAAUUCCCACUUCCAGUUCAUUCAUUGAUGCUACAUUUGCACUUGGCGUGUCGAUCCAACUUUUGUGUACGGUCUUUGAGCGGUAUUUUUUCUUUUCUAUUACUUUUGCUGUUUUCUCGUUCCACAAGCAUUCCUUCAUUUUAAUGAGUGUACGAGACCACACCACCACACCACUACCUAGACUAGGACCUACCAUAAUACCACACACCCAACCAUAAUGACCAUUAUGAUGACACAAGCAUAAUAAAAC